GUGGCUCCGCAGCCAGGGUUCUCCGCCUCCCCCCACCUGUACGAGGCCCGGCCCGCUGGGCCAGCGCUCAGCAUCCCACCCUUGCUGAUUUGGCUUGUUCUUCUCAGCGGGUCCCGGUGCUAACAUUCAGGCCCGGGGUCCACAGGCCUGGAGCGCCCACAGAACACGCUGGGGUAUCUGGGCCGAGAGCUGCAGGCCGAGUCCCUAGAGUCCCCCGACUCCUAGACGCCUUUCUAGGCCCAGGGAAGCCUGGCGGCUGGGAGGCGCGGAGGAGGGGACGCCGGAUCUAAGGGCGCGCGACGGGUGAUCAGGCUGAGCAAUGGCGUUUCAAAAGGCAGUGAAGGGGACUAUUCUUGUGGGUGGAGGAGCUCUGGCCACUGUUUUGGGACUCUCUCCGUUUGCUCAUUACAGAAGGAAGCAAGUGAGCCUGGCAUAUGUGGAAGCAGCAGGAUACCUCACGGAGCCUGUGAACAGGGAACCUCCCUCCAGAGAAGCUCAGCUCAUGACUUUGAAGAACACACCCGAAUUUGACAUCCUUGUUAUCGGAGGCGGAGCCACAGGGUGUGGCUGUGCACUAGAUGCCGUCACCAGAGGACUGAAAACAGCCCUUGUAGAGAGAGAUGACUUCUCAUCGGGGACUAGCAGUAGAAGCACUAAAUUGAUCCACGGUGGUGUGCGAUACCUCCAGAAGGCUAUCAUGAACUUGGAUGUUGAGCAGUAUAGGAUGGUGAAAGAAGCCCUUCACGAACGUGCCAACUUACUAGAAAUCGCUCCUCAUUUAUCAGCUCCGUUGCCUAUCAUGCUUCCACUUUACAAGUGGUGGCAGUUACCUUAUUACUGGGUGGGAAUCAAGAUGUAUGACCUGGUUGCAGGGAGUCAAUGCCUGAAGAGCAGUUACGUCCUCAGCAAAUCCCGAGCCCUGGAGCAUUUUCCCAUGCUCCAGAAGGACAAGCUGGUAGGCGCCAUUGUCUACUAUGACGGACAACACAACGAUGCACGGAUGAACCUCGCCAUCGCCCUCACUGCUGCCAGGUACGGGGCUGCCACGGCCAAUUACAUGGAGGUGGUGAGCUUGCUCAAGAAGACAGACCCUGAAACCGGCAAAGAGCGAGUGAGCGGUGCGCGGUGCAAGGAUGUGCUCACAGGGCAGGAAUUUGACGUGAGAGCCAAAUGCGUUAUCAAUGCCUCCGGCCCUUUCACAGACUCCGUGCGCAAAAUGGAUGAUAAAAACGUUGUUCCCAUCUGCCAGCCCAGUGCCGGGGUCCAUAUUGUGAUGCCCGGAUACUACAGCCCUGAGAACAUGGGACUUCUUGAUCCUGCAACCAGUGAUGGCAGAGUGAUUUUCUUCUUGCCUUGGGAGAAGAUGACAAUUGCUGGCACCACUGAUACGCCAACGGACGUCACGCACCAUCCUAUUCCUUCAGAAGAAGACAUUAACUUCAUCCUGAAUGAAGUGCGGAACUACCUGAGUUCUGACGUUGAAGUGAGAAGAGGGGAUGUCUUGGCAGCCUGGAGUGGUAUCCGUCCCCUUGUUACCGAUCCCAAGUCUGCAGACACUCAGUCCAUCUCUCGAAAUCAUGUUGUGGACAUCAGUGACAGCGGACUCAUCACAAUAGCAGGUGGGAAGUGGACCACCUACCGCUCCAUGGCAGAAGAUACCGUGGAUGCAGCUGUCAAGUUUCACAACUUGAAUGCGGGACCGAGUAGGACUGUUGGGCUGUUCCUUCAAGGAGGCAAAGACUGGAGCCCCACACUCUACAUCAGGCUUGUCCAGGAUUAUGGGCUUGAGAGCGAGGUUGCACAACAUCUGGCCAAAACCUAUGGUGACAAGGCUUUCGAGGUGGCCAAAAUGGCAAGUGUGACUGGAAAGCGGUGGCCUGUUGUUGGAGUGCGUCUUGUGUCAGAAUUUCCAUACAUUGAAGCAGAGGUGAAAUACGGGAUUAAGGAGUAUGCCUGCACUGCAGUUGACAUGAUCUCACGGCGCACCCGCCUGGCCUUUCUCAAUGUUCAGGCUGCAGAGGAAGCCCUGCCUAGGAUUGUUGAACUAAUGGGAAGAGAGUUGAACUGGAGUGAAUUGAGGAAACAGGAAGAACUUGAAACAGCCACGAGAUUUCUGUACUAUGAAAUGGGCUACAAGUCUCGAACAGAACAACUUACAGAUAGCACUGAAAUCAGCCUGCUGCCUUCAGACAUCGAUAGGUACAAGAAGAGAUUUCACAAGUUUGAUGAAGAUGAAAAAGGCUUCAUUACCAUUGUUGAUGUUCAGCGUGUCCUAGAGAGUAUCAAUGUACAAAUGGACGAAAACACACUGCAUGAAAUUCUCUGCGAAGUAGAUUUGAACAAAAAUGGACAGGUUGAGCUGCACGAGUUUCUGCAGCUGAUGAGCGCAGUUCAGAAAGGAAGGGUCUCUGGAAGCCGACUUGCCAUCCUGAUGAAAACUGCCGAGGAGAACUUGGACCGCAGAGUUCCAAUCCCCGUGGACCGUAGUUGUGGAGGAUUGUGAGUCUGACCAGUAAAUCCGCCACCAGCAAGCAUAGGACAGCCAGCGCUAUGUACAACCAGAGAUGACUUAAACUCUAAAAUAGUGGAUCUCGUAGCUGCCUUUUUUAAAACAAACAAACAAGGAAAAAAAAAAAAACAAAAUCAAAGAAAGGAAAGGGAUAAGCAAAUAAACAACACUGGAAAACAUUCCAAAACUUAAGAUGUUGGUGUGUUUGCCAACUUACUUUGCCAAUACUUUAUUUAUAUUUGCCACUCAGUCUGGCUUCUACAAAGCGCUUUUCUUAUUUUUUAGUGCGCACUGAUGUACUGUUUUGUAUCCAUUUUGUACCCUGUCAGACUUGACACUCUGCCUGCUCAUUCAUUCAUUCAAACUAGUUUUAGAGGCAGACCCCGUAUAGAUUGGAAUGAUGCUAGAAAGACUUUGUGAGCACCCAAGAGCUCAGGAGCUCGAGCCUGGAGAGAGCAUUCUUUCUUUUUUUUUCUAGAAAAUCAUUUGAUCUCUUGACCUGUUAAUAUUUUGGGAGACUUCUCAGCCCCGUCUUGCUACCCACCCCCUUCCGAUUAAAACUGCACACUUUUCUGUCUGGAGCAACUCUGGCUAAUCUGGAGAGGGAAGACAAAGUUUAGAUCUGGUUGAGAUUUGGUUACAUUUCUAAAAGAGAACCUCCAAAAGCUUCCAGAUUUGCAGGCGUAAGAUAAAGACAGCCCUGACAUUUGCCGGGAGGUACGGUGAUCGCUGCUUCUCAGCAGUUCAUUUUUUUUCCCCCAGGCACUGCUGGCUUCCUUUGACUAUUAUAGUUGCCAGAAAAAUCCUUGCUUUUUUUACUUUACAACCAGCAUUUGAGUGGCAAGUUGGAUAUAAUGGGAUGAGACCAAAUCUCUCCAUUCCUCCUGGGAGCAAUGAUGGGACACAAUUUCCAGUCCCACAAGUUCUGAAUCUUGUAGCGUGUAGCACUGUCAGGCCUGUUCUUGUCGGGGUGGGCAGUAGUGACGGUAUUUGCAAAGAGAUAAUAAAAAAGAACUGGGCAGACUUCCGUUAACUUUAAUUAUGAAAUUGAAAUAAGGCAUGCCACUUUAAUAUUGGAGGCUGGUCUGUUUGCCAAAGGCCCUUCUCUUUGUGUACUCACUGGAAAAACUCUCUUUCUAACAAAAAAAAAUACAAUAAAAUAAAAAUCCAAGAUAGACAUCAGACAUAUACGUAGGAAUACACACAAAUCAAACCCCAAAGUCGGUGUCCUUUGAACUCAGCAAAUAAUGCACAGACUGGAGAUGCCCGCCAGGUGGAAUGUUUUUUGUUAUAUUCUGUUGGCAUUAUAACUAGUAAUCUUAAUACUUAAUUAAUUGGCUUCCCUUUUCUGAAACUACCAGUGAUGAGAUCCCUGUGCAUCAUAGGAGGUGGACCCCUUCGUUCCCACUUCUCUCCCGGCAGCCUUUCUUGCACAGGCUGUGUCUCAGCUUUGUGAACUGAUCCAUAAAGCACCCUUGUGCUGCUAUUCUGCCUGUGCAAACAUUGUGUCUCUCUGCCUCAUUCAUUAUGGGUUAUGAGUCCACAUAUCAUAAUAUGAGCUGGGAGGUCUCAGCCCCCGUCCCACUCCACCCCCACCCCUGAAAUAUGCAGACUUCAGGAAUAGACAGCUCAACUCAUUAUUAAAUGAAGUAUCGAUACUUCCACUUCUAUUUCCGGGAAGCCUGACACCGGACAAGUGAUGUCACAGCAGAUGUCACUGUGAAAUCUUUUUUUCUUUCAAAGUGUCAAUUUUUUACACUGGUUUUUAAUCUUUAUAUUUUUUAAAAUAGAUGGAAGCAUGUGGCUUUGAGAUUUAGUGGGUUUUUUUCCCUAUCAUGACAAUAAAGUUCACUUUAUACCUCGUGACAGUCAAGUCGGCAGAAAAAGCUGUCCUUUAAGACAUCCCAGCAGAUAUAUCACAACAUUCUACAUCACUACUCCUUUCCCCUCUCUCUUUCUCUCUCUCUCUCUCUUUCUAGUUAGAUCAAGAUAACGGUGGCUUGUGUCAUCCCGAUUCUCUUACAGUAGGGACCGGGCUCAGAAUGUGACUUGCUUAGGCCGAUGUGGGCUUGGCAAGCACGUCUCGUUUGUAUAUGUUUUGCUGUGAAUGAAGUUCCUUUAAGGACAAAGGGAAGUGCACUGUGCUUCAUUUGAGCAUAUCUGCCUUGGCUUAGCAUCUGCUUAUUCUAAGACACGCUCCUUCACCCGUCCCAGAGACUCACGUUGGACAUGAAAUACUUUUAUCACGUUCCUGUGAGUAAAGCAACCCGGGAUUUUCCUGAGUUCCCAAUUAAACCUGUACAGGUUUUCACAUUUUAAAUCCAAUUUAAGCAAAGAGGGAAAGGACACAGGGGAAAGAAGCCCCUUUAAAACUCAUUCAGAGAAUAAACCAUGUUUGCUUUUUCAUAUAAACCUGGUAUUUGUUGAUUUUGUUUGGGUGUGGGAGUGGGUGCGCAGAGCUCACCUUUUAUCAUCGAGUGAUUUAUUUCCUUUGACGGGAUUCAGGUGAAGGAAGCCCAUCUGUGCCGGAGAGCUCUAUAUGCCUUGAACUAGCCUAGCCUCUGUCCCAGUUGUGAUGACAGCGAUAACGCUGGAUUACUGGUUUAGCUACAGUUGUCUGCCUCUGAGUCCUCAUGCUGCAUAUUCCUGCUUUCCAGUCUGUUCCUACUGAGUGUGAUGUCACAUCUCUGCUCUCAAAUGCAUGCUUCCUAAUCUGCUUCAGGUUAUGCCUCGAGUUUGGUCUAUUUCAGAAUGUGGACAACAAAAAUGUUCAUUCUGGUUUUAACUCAGUACAAAUAGAGGUUGUCAUUGAUUUCUCUUUCCCUCUUUUCCUUAUUUGUAAAAAGUCUUUUUGCAUAUGAAUGUAAUCACACCAACGUCACCAAUGCUGUGAACUUGCACUGCCUAGGGAGCGGAAAAAAGCCCUACUGUGUUUAAAAAGAACAUCCGCUGUUAACCCAGCCCUGGAGCGGACACACUUGCUGCAUGUUCUCUUACUUCCUCAGUUUUAGGUGUUGUGUUGGGUUAUCGUUCUAGACUGGACUGUUAAAUGCCGUCUGUGAGGCUGGACUGUCACUUUUAUAACUGUCUUCGUAUUUUAUCACCAUUAUUUAUUACUUUUGAUAUACAGAAUGAGCCGCAUGCAUUUAUAGAGCCAUAAGAAGAUGUAUUUAAUGUGCCUUGUUUUUAACUGAGUAAGAGCUGAAAGCAUGAAUCAAUAAAACUGAUUAAAGCGC